AUGCUGGCUGUCCGCAGCCUCGUGGCCGGGGCCGACUCGGAGUUGACGAGAGGACGUGAUCAGCAAACUGAGCAGUGGCAUAGCAGCAUCCGGUUCCUCGUGGUGUCGUCAGCUGUGCUUGCCAACAACAUCCUCCGCGUCUAUUGCAUUGUUUUCUUCGCUGAACAUCGCAAGUUACUGCUGGUCGGGUGGCAGCUGCCUUUCGAACUGUUGGGGGCGCUCCUCUCAGUUCAUAUCACCUGGAAGGAUGCUGAUGUUCAGCGACGGCUGAGGAACUCUUCGCUCGGUGGCCGAAUCCUCUUCGGGUUGCUGGCCUUUCUCAUCCUUGGUCUGUGCCAGGUGAUCCACGUGAAGAGGGCCUGGGCCCGUCAGUUGCGGAGCGCCGAGGUUCUUGACAGCCUGGACGACCGGGACUUCAUGUGGACAACGCCGGUGCUGGGAGGCGAGCGUGGGCAUCCUGUUGCCGUCAUCACCAACUUCUCCAUCGUUCCUGUCACGAUGUAUGCCUUUUUGACCAAGCGCUGCCUGCAUGUGGAUGCCUUCGGCGAGAAACCUUCCUCGAUCUGGUGGUGCGAGCCGAAGUCCGAACUUGAAACCUAUGUUCUAGCAGCUGGAAUCCUCUCGGCCCUCCUGGUGAUCAGCAUAUGUGUUGUAGACAUUGAUAUUGUAGUCUCCGCCUUCGUGGCGAAACGCUACCAUCUGGAUUUCCGGCGUCGGGGUUCACGUGUUGGUGUCUUGCAGAUCCUGUACCCUGCCGUGCACAUCAUCUUUCGCAUCUCAGAAGUGGUCGCAAGGAUCGCUCUAUUGACGGCCUGCAUGGUGGUGUCCGGCUUCGAGCUGCGGUUACCAGGUCUAAUUGCUUCGGCUUCCCUGUUUGCGCUCGACUUCCUCAUCACUUUGGUCAUCCUCAGGAGGUACUCGCCGCGAACUGAACGGUGGGGAAUCCACAUUUUUGUGGGGCUGAGCUUCAUGAUCGCAGACAUGACAAAGUUCGUGGAUCGGCCUGGCUUCUGCUACCCUGCGCGGCGUAUCAGCCUCGCUGUGGGGAGGUGGCGGAAGCUGCAGCUUCUUCUGAUCUGCGGCGCUGCUUAUGCAGAGUUUCGGUGGGGGGAGCGUCUGGAGAGGAGGGAUCUGCAGACAUACCUGCGUGGCUGGGCGAUUCUCGUCACUCUUGCUGCAUCGCUCCUGCUCAGCGAAGCUCUGAAGCUAACACCCAUGAUCGCUUCAACCGGCGACGAUCUCCACACGGCGGUUCUGAAUAACAAGAUCUCUCGCGUCCGAAAGCUUCUGGACACGGGCCUGGGGGGCGAAGCCUUGGAUGUCAACGGGCCGACGAAGGAUAGAGAGCAAGUCACGGCUGGGAUGCUGGCAGCAAAGGAGGGCUUCAUCGAGGCGCUUCGGAUGAUCAUGUCCUGCGGAGGCCGGGUAGAUGUACGCGACUCGAAGGGCGAGACCUGCAUCCAUUACGCGGUGAGGCAUCUGCAGCUUGAGGCGCUGGAGUUUCUGGUGCGCCAACAAGGUGCAGCACAGGUCCUGCACAGCUGCCGGGAGGAGCUUCGUGCUUUGGCGGCCCAGUCUGCAGGCCUGGACCUGGCACCGGAUCCAGGACUGCGCAACGAGCCCGCCCUGACAGUUGCGGAGACUUUGCCGGGCAGGGUCGUGGUGGAGUCAGCCGCCGAACCUGCCCAAUCGCCGUCCUUCUUGUUCCGGGCCUCCGCGAAGUUUGCGCGCAGGCUUAGCCCGGAUGAGGCACGCCGGCUGGUUUUGCUUUUGGAGCCCAACAGAGGCACCAGGAGAAACGCCGACGAGCAGCAGGGGUCGGGCAGGUGGCGCAAUGUGAGGACCCACUUGGCCAUGAGCCGGCACCUGCUGCGGCUCUUUCCGAAUGCUUUGGAGGAAGAUGUCCCCCAACUGCAUGAGCUGCACUCCGUGAGUGCACUCGUUUUUGGCCACGGUGCAGGCGCUUUUGGGCGGGCAUUCCUCCGUGUGGCGCCAGUGGCCGCAUGGUUGCAGUCCUUGCGGCGAGUGCGGGAGCUGGGCCAGGGGGCCUCGGGCACAGUGAUCGAGGUGGAGCUAGACGAUGGAGGCCUAAUCGCAUCUCCGAGCAGAUCUGGCUUCAUACGGCCAAGACUGUCGGUAGCUGCAAGGUUUCCAAGCGAUCUGCCCCUGGAGCCGCGCCGCUUUGCCAUGAAGCUGCAGUCCAAACGCAAUCUCGAUUGGCAAGCCUAUUCGGAGGUGGUAGCCCUUAGAAGGACAGGGCAUCCCUUCAUCGUGCGAUUAGAGCAGGCCUUCCAGACGCCUCACUACUACGCCUUGCUCCUUGAGCUCUGUCCCAAAGGGGACCUCAACCAGCUCUUGUGCAACACCGAAGAGGGCGGCCGGCGCAUGGGCUUGCCCGUGACCCGCGCUGCGAGGUAUGCGGGCCAAGUGCUUCUGGCCUUGGUUCACCUUCACGAGGUUCUGGGAAUCAUCUACCGGGAUGUAAAGCCGGAGAACGUACUCCUUUCCGCGCAAGAUGAGGCGAAGCUAGCAGAUUUCGGGCUCGCUCUCUAUGUGGGGGGCAACUUCUUCAGCGCCAACUACUCCAUGCCGAUAGCAGGCACGCCCAGGUUCCUGGCUCCUGAGCUGGUAUUGGGCGAGGAGUCAGACAGUGAGAUGUCGACGAUCGAGCAGGGACCUUUGCGAGAUGCGCGUUUCGAUCCUUUCAAGACAGACGCGUACAGCUUUGGCGUGACACUCUAUGUAAUGCUUUUGGGCGAAGACUGUGCUGAUCUGGAGCACGGAGAUGGCCAGGGCGACUAUUUGUGGAUAUUGCCAAGGAGGAUGCCUGACUCGGAGCAGACCGAGCUCCUCGAGACUUCCUGCCAGAGCGGCCGACUUCUUCCUGAGGCGAAGGACCUCUUGGAGCAGCUUCUUCCAUCCAGGCCGCAAAUGCGAAGGCGCUUGGCAGAUGCAGAGAUCAAGACCCAUAACUUCUUCCUUGUGGCGCUUGGCUGCAAGGAUUUAGAGGCACACCUGCUGAGUGAGGCAGGACACCCUGUUGCCAUGCGAACCACACCAUAA